CGCAGCAACAGAGGAGGGGUCAGUGCGCAUGCGCGGUCUGCGGAGGACGAGAAUAUCCUCUUAUGUCCAUCCGCAGAAACACCAACAAAACAUCCAGCGGUGGACGCGUUUUCCACGCAUGCUGCAGGAGAAGAUGUCCUCCUGGGUCCUGCUCACUGCACUGUGCACCCUCCCUCUGGCUGCAGGUUGGGAGUUACUCGGUGAAAGAGAGAAAGUCCAGACAGUGUGUGUUGGCAAGGAGUUCCGUCUGCCGGUGGACUCGACAUCUAGAAUUGUGACUUUUACUCCAGACGAUGAGGGACCGAGACGUGUCCUGCUGGAGAAAACCACUGUACAAGACCCGCGGUUUGAGUGGACCAGAGACAAGACGUUGGUCCUCAAAGAAGUGACUCACAGCGAUCAGGGACUUUAUGCCAACAAACUGUCCAUUGGAUUCACCUACGAGACUGUCCAUCUCAUUGUUUCAGAAUGUAUCAAGCCGUAUCGCAGGAACUACGGCGAGAACUUCGAACACAACAUCCCUGAAAAUGGCACCCUGCUGGAGUUUUCUCCUCGAGGUGCUCCACCUGAGUCCAUGCCGGUUGUUCUGUGGAACCUGACCGACCCUGAAACCAGCAUCGCGGGUCGAGGGCGGCUGCUGCGAGGAGGGAAGGUCUGGGUGGCAGAAAGGGUCACGCAAGCAGAUCAAGGCAAUUACACGAUGAGAGACGACUCGGGGAAGGUGUUGUCUCGCAGCACCCUCGCCGUCCGCGGGCACUCCUUUAACGUGACACGCUUCACCAAAGAGUCUCUAACCCUGCCAUUAUUUCUUCCUGUCCUGCAUGCCCAUCUCAUUUUUACUCCCUCACGAUAUCCCAACGAAUCCUCCCUUGGCCCCUUCGACCCCAGACCCCCGCGUGGCCCCGUACAGCUGAUCCGCGAGGGCCAGAUAACGGACCACGACAUGCGCUACAGAGGCAUCAUCUCCCUGAGCAGGAACGGAUCCAUCACCGAGGUUGUCAUAGCAAGACUGACCUCCAGGCACGAUGGGCUGUAUGAAAUCAGAGAUGGGAAUGGAAACCUGGUGUCCUCCACCUUCUUGCAGGUGAUCGAUAAAAGAGGGGGAACUUGGCGAGCGCUCUUCAAGUCCAUCACUGUUCCCUCCGGCAUGUUUGUGUCACUGGCUGGUUUCAUCCUGUUCAUGAAGCGGUACCCAAACUGCAGCCUCUCACAGAUCAUCGCUGGCUUCAGAACAAACCGAACGCCACCAGCCAACCCUGCAAGAGUAAACAUCCAGGACUACAGUCAGUCCUAUCACCAGCCCUCAGGCUACUACACUCCCCCACAGCAGCCUGGAACACCAAGAAAAUGGACCCCAAGAGCCAGUCCUGCUCACACUAGUUACUCUCCUGUUAGGGAAGGAACUCCAAGAGCAGAGAACCAAGAAGUGCUCAGACUGACAGCUGAGAGCUCACCCGGUCAUAAUUUAGCUGCUGAGCGGGACCAAUUAAAUGAGGAAGACAGAAGGAUUUCCUUUUCUGUACCUGGGGCUUCAGACUGCCUCCACUCCUCCGAUGGCUGCGUCCAAUUCCAGAUUGUGAAAGAUGGAGAUGAGGAAAGAUGGAGCAAAUCGCAAGAAUUCUUUUCCACACUGCCACUGGACACGGACUCGUCUGAAUCCUGCAGUGUUUACACGUCAAAGAAACUGAACUUCUUAUAAAAAGGAGAAUUGGGGCCGGAACAAUGAAGCAUAAUGUGUGGAGAAGUCAAGAAAAGAAAGACCCCACCUGCGCCUUUUGCACAGUUUCAACGGUUUGAUAUGAGAAUAACUUGUGAUACUUUUGUGUAAUUUUUCUGAAGCAUGAGUUGAGCAUUAACCUUCCUGUGUGAUAUUCUACUGGCUGAUGGUGCUCCUGAAAUCUCCUGCUGUUACCUACCUCCAGACCCUCAGGACCAACAUGAUCUGCACUGUAUUUGCUGACUGUCAGUACUUGUGUGUAUUUUUUUGUGUGUACUAUGAUCUCUAGGGCUACGUAGAAAUUAGAAUUGUGGUACUAAAGUUUGCAAAGAGAAUUUUUACGUACUGUACAGCAAUAUAGAGUUAACUGAAGUACUCGCCUGUCCUACUGGCCAUUCCUAACUGCUACAAUGUCAUGUUAUGUGUCUGUUCUGCAGAUUAAUAAUAUUUGCAGGUGUAGAGUGUUUACCUUCGAGGUUAGUAAUAGUUAUGUUUCACUAAAUACUGCAAUAGCCUGUUAAUCUGUAAACUUUGUGUAGAGGAGAAUAUCUUUCCACCAAAUCUUUCCAUUUGCGAAAAAGUUGGACUGCUGCUUGUGAUAGCUUUUUGCAAUAUUGACAUGUCAUCUCUUAAACAAUAAAACUUCUCUUUAGCUCA